AUGCAUAAUGAUAAUACAAAAGCUGUUUAUGGUGUUUUUUCAGAUAUGUCUAAACCUUCUUCAUGUAUUAAUAAUAUUUUACCACCAGAAAUUUUACAAAAGAUUUUUCUUUUGUCGGCUGAAUCCUUACAUGAUGCCUUACAUAUAUCUACAACAUGUCAACUUUGGCGAAAACUGAUUUUUAAUCCAUUUUUUAUCGAACACUAUUGGAUAUUCGAUGAUAAACAUCGUAAAAAAGGUCUAAUUCGAUGGUGGAAUUUUAAUGAAAAUAUACCCGAUCAAAAUAAUCCAUUUCGUAAUUGUUCUAUUACUAACUGUUUUCUUGGUAAAUGUGCGAAUUUCAGAGAUGAUUCUGAAAUCACUGAAGAGGAAGUACCUAAAAAUACCAUUGAUCGAGGUUCGGAUUAUACUAUCGCAUUUUGGCUGUUAAUUCCUGAAAUAGGUGAUGAACCUCGUUGUAUAUUUAUGGUACGCGAUGAUGAUUGGGAUUAUACACGGUCAGCUGGAGUAGCUAUAGAUGAAACUAAUUUUUUGUCGAUCGUAUUUGCAUCAACUAUUAGUGAGCGUAUAAUUCAAUCUAAUGUUCAAAUGAAACCAGAUCAAUGGUAUCAUAUUGUACUGGUACAAGAAUGCAUACCAGGUGAUGAAAAACCUCAACAACAUUUGUGGAUUAAUGGUAAACUUGAGUUAACAGAGAAAGUACCUAUUGCUGCCUUUAGUAGUACUGCUGAGGUUUGUUUCUUCUUUAGCAUUCUAUGGAAUCACUCUAUAGCUGAUGUAUCUUACUGGUCUAGACGUUUAUUACCAUUAGAAAUUCGAGCUAUCUAUGAACAAAAAACAUCAAUCGAUAAAGUUAAUAUGGCUAAAUAUAUUUUUGAACAUUUAAAUAGUUAA